GUGGCGCUCCAAGCGUCAGUAUUACAAAAAUAUACUUAACCGAUUAAAGAUAUGAAUAGGUGUAAAAUUAGUUCUAAAUGUCAUGGUUGAGUGUUGACAUCAAGCGCUAGUAGCAGCUGUUUUAUGUAGUCACUUUAUAAAGACUGUAAGCAAGGAUUUCCUCGGACGUGAAAAUGGCCACUGCGAACAAUCUCGAUUACUAUGACUCGGAUGAUCAGGAAGAGGACGACACGGACGCGGAGUACGACAAUUCGCCAUCGCCCAAGACUAAAUCUGGAGAUAGUUGCUGUACAAACAAAUGCCUGUUGAUGUUUGACGACGAGUUUAAGACACGUUUUAAGUCGGAUAUGUCACUGCUGCAAAAAUUUGAAAAGAGCAUUUAUCUGUUCGCGAUGAUCUCCAUCGACAGAAACAAGAUCAACGCCACCAAAAUUAUCAAGUCUUCAAAAUGUUUCCAAUACGCAGUUAAGCAUCACGGAGUGAAUCAAACUGUGUGCAAAAGCGCAUUUGUUAUCCUGCACGACACAACUCCAUCGCUGGUAAGAACAUUGUGUGUGAAGAUGACAGUAGGGCAUAAUACACCAGUCGACGGCCGUGGUAAACAUAGUAAUCGAUUGGCUAUAUCCGACGAAACACAAGUUGCGAUAAAAGAGCAUUUCUUUAGCAUCUUGAAGUCGCCUAAUAUUUUCAAAUGUGCCAAGAAAAAUCUAGGCCAACCUAAUAUUUCUCAGUUGUGGAUUAGUUUUAAACAAAAACACGGUCAUAUAUCCCGUUCAACAUACACAAAAUAUAUUCAAUCAUUAUUAACACCAGAAGUUGUAUCAAGCUUUAUGUGUGCGAACCAAGCAAAACAAAUUUUACAAUACAUAAAUAAAAAUAAAUCACGUUAGGGAUAAAUUUACUAUUAACUAUUUACUGUAUUUUUUAUUUAAGCGAUUAUUAAUUUUUACUAUUUAAGAAGUAUUAAUAAGUAUAAAAUUAAUAUGUAUAUAAAUAUUAAAUAUAUUAUGUACUAAUAUUUGUUAUCAAUGUUCCAAAUAUACAUGUAAAAACUGACAAAUUGAACUAAUAGAAGAUACUUGAAUCUGUCAGGUCAAUUGGAAAUAAAGGUAUAAUUCCAUAGCUGACAAUAGUAUAGCUUAUUAAUAAACAUUUUUUUUUUCAAUA